AACGAAGCAAAUUGUUGUUACAGUUCUCUCUACAAUCUCCAAUUUUGUUGUCUCCGCACUCGUUCCUUGUAUAUGUCGAUGCUUACAGAAACCGACACAAAAUAUUCAUUCUUUUAAAUUUCCUUCCUCAUUUUUCCAUCGAUCUUUCCGCACUAAAUCCCAUACCAAACUCAUCUUCUGCUUCGUUAUUUCGUUGGUUCAGUUAAAGUUACAAAGGUUCUCUCUUUCAAAUUUGUAAGCGCUUUAUUCAGAGCCCAUGGCUUCUUUCUCUGUUCCCUGUGCUAAAUCCUCUGUUUUGCUACGAUCAUCACCUUUGAUUCCUAGUCAUAACCUUAAACAGAACCAUUUUAUUGGGUUUCAGUGGUCUAGCCAGAACCAAUUUAGGACUCUGAAGGUGCAUGCUCAAGUUAAUGAGGUUACCGUCGAGAAAUCACUGAAUUCUGCCCCAAUCAUAGAGAUAACAUCAGAAGAAAAACGGAAACAAGUCAUUCCUGAUCUACAAUCAAUCGCAGCAUUCAUGAACCAAGUUGCAGACCUGGUUAAGCUGGUUUAUUCAAGGGAUAUCAUUGAGCUGCAGCUAAAGCAGCCAGCAUGUGAGGUCACUAUUAGGAAGAAAGAAGCCUUGCCACAGCCAGGGAUUGCUCCUGUUAUUACCAUGCGAGCUCCUCCUCCGACCAUUCUUCCAUCUCCACUGCCUCCCGCAGCGCAGGUCACUCCUCCCACUUCUUCCAGUCCUGCUGCAAUGCCUUCAGCACCGGAGGCUCAUGCCCCUCCACAGCCGAGUAAAUCAUCGCAUCCACCCCUAAAAUGCCCUAUGGCAGGAACAUUUUAUCGUUCCCCUGCCCCGGGUGCACCACCUUUUGUGAAGGUUGGAGACAAGGUCCAGAAGGGCCAGGUAGUUUGCAUCAUUGAGGCGAUGAAGCUGAUGAAUGAGAUUGAAGCCGAUCAAUCUGGAACCAUAGUUGAAAUACUUGCAGAAGAUGGCAAACCAGUCAGCGUGGAUACGCCUCUGUUUGUGAUUGAGCCGUAAGAGUUUAUGCAAAAUCAGCUGCAUGCAAGAGUUAUAUAGUUACAUAAAGCACACAAGUAUUUGCAUCCAUACAUAUUCUGGUUACUUUAUUAUUUAAUUCAGCAAUGAGCCUGCGAGUAACUCACUGAUCAUGAAGAAAUUUGCAGUGUAUCCGGAGAUUUUGCCUCAGAAUAAAAGUGUCAAAAAGGGUAUAACUUUAGCUAUGCAUAUUUUUCUUUUAACUAUUUGUAGUAUAUAUAAUCUUUGCCUUUUAAACUAGUAAAAUCAAAUU